AUGCCUCCCGUAUCGUUGGUCUCGUUGGAUCAGGAGUUUUUUGAUGACGGCUCGUCCGUCGUGUCUUCUUGCGUUUUACGCAAAUUCUUCGAGUUCUCUGAGGUCUCUCAAGUUCGACGAGCGCUUCGUGAUCAGUAUCCAGUUGGUCGGUUGUUGCCCGUCACUGUUCCUGCUUUGCGGUACUUUCCUUACCUGAGUCGUGAUGAUUAUGCCGCAAUCGCCGGAGCGCACUUUGUUCUUGUUCGGGGUUCCGAUCUUAUACUCAUGCGAUAUCGCUUGCAUAUCAACUGAACAGCGCUCUUCCGGCUGUAUUCCACUGUAUUUGCUUUACAGUCACACCACCCGGCGUAGCAGCAUGCUGCUACAGACUUCAAGAACAGAUUCGGGGGCCAUUUGUCGUGCUCUCCCACCAGUCGCGGUCGAUGACGAUUGUGACGACGAACUUGAAUUGACAUUUGAUGAUUCUGCAACAGAUCACUUUGUCGUUGAUGAGGUUGUCGAUAGGCAAAUACGGCUGCGCGAUCCUCCUCCCUUAGAAUGUACGCGUUAUGGUCCUCAACUGUAUAAUUUUUAUCCAGUAUUGAUUACCGCCACCUCAUCCUUCUUGUCUCGCUUGGUCGGAUCACCACUGCAGGCAACCUUUGCCUCAUACGUGACCACCACUUCCAGCGUAUUCAAUGUACUUGCGCUGGCACAUGCCACGGCAACUUCGAAACGGGUUGGAAUCUAA